CGGCGAUACAAUUCACAGAUUCGAAACUCCUCUCUCCUCUGUUCCCAAUUUUUUGUGGUUUCAACCUCUUUGAAAUUUACAGAUUCCGGCCAUGUCUUCCGGCGGAAAUUCAAUCGAAUCCUCCGUCGUGGCGGCGGAGAAGAUGUUCUUCUGCUAUCAAUGCAAUCAAACAAUCACAAUCUCUAUUUCUUCCUCCGCUGAUCCUUUCUGUCCUCUUUGCAACGGAGGGUUCCUAGAGGAAUACACGGAGCCUAGCCCUAAUCCAAGCCCUAGUCUCAUCUUCCCGAUCUCCGAUCCAGUCUCAUCUCGCUUCCCCUUCAUCCCAGCCAUGGACUUCACGAACCCAAGCUUCUUGGGACAAUCAAUGGAGGUACAGUCUACUCAGCAGCAGCCUGAUGCUUUCGAUCCGGUUAGAUUUAUCCAUAACCAUCUUCAGCAACUCCAAUCAAGCGGUAUCAAUGUACAGCUUUUGUUCGAGAACCAACUCUCGGAUCUAGCUAAUCCUUUACCAGGAAAUCACGGCGAUUACUUCUUUGGUCGUGGUCUCGAGGAUCUGAUCCAACAAUUAGCUGAAGAUGAUCCGAAUCGGUACGGAACUCCUCCGGCUUCGAAAUCCGCCAUCGAUGCGCUACCGACUGUGAAAGUGACCAAGGACAUUUUGCAAUCGGAGAUGAAUCAGUGCGCGGUUUGUAUGGAUGAGUUUGAAGACGGUGUCGAUGCUAAGGAGAUGCCUUGCAAACACUUGUACCAUCAUGACUGCUUGCUUCCAUGGCUGCAACUGCACAACUCGUGCCCUGUUUGUCGACAUGAGUUACCCACAGACGAUCCUGACUACGAGAACAGGAAUCGUGGAGGUCAGACGAGCGGAGAUGGGGGAGGAUCAGGUGAUGGUCAGCAAACGCCGAGGAGGUUUAGUAUAUCGUUUCCAUGGCCGUUCAGAAGACAGGAUACAAAUUCGGAUUCUGGCAGUGGAUCUGAUAUGGAUACUAGGCAAGACGAAUUGGAUUGAGUCACAAGCGAAAGUGUCUUUGCUUGGAAUGGAAGCAAACGUGAAGGAGAGCCCUACAAAAGACAAAUUCAUUUGUUUUUACACACUCAAAACUUGUAAGAUGGUGGAGGAGCAGAAGACUGUAUAUUGUUACUUUUUAGUGAGGUUUCACUUAAAUUACUUGUACAUAUCUUAACGUUUUCAUUUUUUUUUACCCGUUCCUUAGAAUUGCAUUACGAAAGUGAGAGUUUAAUUUGCAAUUUUCUCUGUAUUGUAAUUGCUAUUAAAUUAUUUUCCAAAAUAUGGUUGUUGUUCUGUAAUAAAUUCUUAAGACUUUUUCUUCACCAAUUUCAAAUAAAUAGUUUUGGGCAU